GGGCGUUUAGGGUUCCCAGCCUGAGCUGAAAUGUGCCCCAGCUCCAUCUUUUAGCCCUGGGAGUCCAAGAACUGUGUGUGUUGGGUCUGUGGGAUGAGUCUGCAACCGUUUGGCUUGGAAUUACUAGAAAUUCUGCGCCAAACAAAGCGCAAUUAGGUGAUGCGUGCCGUCCCUUUCCUGAGAAUGAAUUAAAUAGGGAAUGAAUAAAGAGUCUGAAGUCUUCUGGUACAUUCGAGAGCGGGUCCUUCUGGAGUAACCGGUUCAGAACUGGGAGUUGUUGGAUGGAUGCCUAAUGUGCUAGCGUAGAUGAGCUCUCGAUUGCUCCUAAGAAGAAAAUGAACAUGCUCAGUAAAGAGUGGAAAUUGUGCUGGAAUAAGCUUUGUGCAAGCAAAUCAGGAUGAAUGCUCAAUAUGCAGAUUGUCUGGACGAGCCCCUAAGGAAGGGGCGAUCACAGCUGAGCCAUGGCUGCAUUGCGUGGUGCUGUCCAUGCAAAAUGGAUCAUAGGGAAAGUCAUUGGAACCAAAAUGCGCAAAACAGCCAAAGUGAGAGUAACACGGCUGGUGCUAGAUCCUUACUUGCUAAAGUUCUUCAACAAGAGGAAAACGUACUUUGCUCAUGAUGCUCAGCAGCAGUGCAUUGAGGGAGACAUUGUUCUUCUGAAAACUUUGCCCGUACCAAGGAGCAAGCAUGUGAAACAUGAACUUGCUGAAAUUGUGUACAAGGUUGGAAAAGUCAUUGAUCCAGUGACGGGGAAGCCCUGUGCAGGCCAUAGGCUGCUGGAAAGCGUAACGGACUCAGAAAAUCUGACCGACAGAGAUACCAGCUACCUUAGUGAAAAGCUCCAAGAACUAACCGUUUCUUCUCCAGACAAGUGACGGGUGGUAGGCAGCAUAAUAGGAGACUUUUCCAAAUGUCUCUAUGCAGAGCUUGUACUUGACACAGUGUUUCUGUUGUUGCUAAAAUUGUCAUGAUUAAUAAUAAAUUUGAAUUAACUUGUGCA